AUGCAACUAAAACGGGAGAAGAAAGAUGAGAAAAGGAAGCAGUGGAACUCACUGCCGCCUAGGCAAUGGGAAGACAUGAAAGCGCAAGGGGCGCUCCGCGGGGACUUGAGUCGGGACUUCCCGGCCCAGGAGGACGACGCAGGCGGAGUGCCGCGCUGCGGAGAGACGCCAGGCGCGCCGCACUGCGAGCUGAUUCUGCUCGGAGCGCGCAUCCCGGAGAUCACGCCACGCAGGAUUAGGGCUCAGAGGCAGAAAGGCGUUUCCGCCCGGCCUGGCCACGUGACCUCCGCCCCCGCCCGUCACUCAGACUGGGGCGGUGCACACAGGAAAAUUGCCCAAUCACAGGCACUGGGACCUAGAGCAGUGUCGAAUCAGGAGCCGUGGAAGAGGGUGUGCCCGGAGCACUGUCCAAUCAGCACUGUCCGAUCGCCCUCGCUUGGGACGUCGCUCUCCUCCCGCGGCGGGCCCCUGGGCACCUGCCCGGCGCGGCCCCAGAUGUCCGGUGCGCCUGGCCCUCACCUGCCUGAGUCGCGGAGGCGCGGGGAGAGGGACCGGGAGCCGGGAGCGGGGCCGCGGGAUGGUGAGUGCGCCGGCCCGGGCCGAGAUCCAGAGGGGCUGACUCGAACCGGCUGGCGGCGGCCGCGGUCCCGGGUGUCUCCGCCCCCCGGGGAGGCAGUGGUCUUUGUGGACGUGGCUGUGGACUUCACCCCGGAGGAGUGGGCUUUGCUGGACGGUGGUCAGAGGAGGCUGUACAGAGAUGUGAUGCUGGAGACCUGCAGGAACCUGGCCUCCCUGGUAAUGACUACUGAUAACGCAUAUCCACACACCCCAGAACAUGAAACUAAAGAAACUGUUUUAUAAGGUAGGAAAAGACAAUGAAUAGUGAUUUCCAGAGUCCAACCGAAGAUAAUAACCUUGUCUCUUAUGACUUGAUUUUGAUUUUCUUUCAGAAUGGAUAAAGACCAGAUUUACUGAUGGUGAACUAAAAAGGGCACUUUUGCUAAAAGGGAUAAAAAUUGAUACUGUAAUGUUUUAUGUGUCAACAGUGCUAUUUGCUGUAAAGUUCCCUAUGAUCUCCAGGAAAAAAGGAGAUGGUAGGAACUGUAAAAAGUAGUUGGCCAAAAGGACACUCCAACUGGUUCUGCUGUGAUGGUGGAGUGGAGCAGAUAUGUCAAUACCCAGUCCUGGUCAAAUAGCAGAUUUGUUAGCAAAAUAAAUGUCUGUUUUGAUCUGUAGGUUUUGAAGUGAUCUUUCGCAGCAGCAGAUAACAAAUACUCUAGCAUAAGAUGACAUGCCCUUUCCUUCAUUCCAGAGGAUAUUAUUAUUGUAUGAAGCAUGAAUUUGGGUCUUAAAUUGAGAUACUUAUAUAUUUUUUAAAUUGUGGUAAAAUAUACAACAUAAAAUAUACGAUCGUAACCAUUUUUAAGGGUGCAGUUCAGGGUCACCAAGUACGUUCACGUUGUUAUGCAACCAUCAGCACCAUUCACCUCUGGACCUGUUUUCAUCUUGCAAAACUGAGACUCUACACCCAUUUUAGAAGAACCCCCCAGUGCCCCCCAUCACCACCCCACCACUGGCAACCACCAUGCAUCAGUCUUUUUGUGUCUGGCUUAUUUCACUUAACAUAAUGUUUUCAAGACCCAUCCGUUUUGUAGCAAGUAUUAGAAUUUCCUUCCUUAAGGCUGAAUAAUAUUCAAUUGUAUAUAUACACAACAUUUCAUUUAUCCGUCCAUCCAUUGAUGGACACCUGGGUGGCUUCCAUUCUUUAGCUAUUCUCAAUAAUGCUGCUACGAGCAUGGAUGUACAAAUAUGUCUCUUAGUCCCUGCUUUCAAUUCUUCUGGGUAUAUACUCAGAAGUACAAUUAGUGGAUCAUAUGGUAAUUAUAUUUUUAAUAUUUUGAGGACGGCCAUACUAGUUUCCUUAGCAACCGCACAUUACAUUCCUACACACAGUGCACAAGACUUACAAUUUCUUCACAUCUUCACUUGUUAUUUUCUGGGUUUCUUAAAGUAGCCAUCCUAAUUUAGGGUGUUAGGUGGUAAGACAGUUGCAAUUUUAAUUACCACAAACUUUUCUCCAUCAACAAAAUGAAAAGGCAACCACAGAAUGGGAGAAAAUAAUUGCAAGUCCUGUAUCUGAUAAAGAACUCACACAACUCAAGAGAGUAAGAAACAAUCUAAUUUAAAAAUGGGGAGAACUGAUAGACACCUUUUCCAAAGAAGAAAUCCAAAUGGCCAACAUUAGGUUAUUGCACACAGAAUGCGAAACAUACACAGUGAGAAAGAACUGUCUUCAUACAGUAAUGCAGGAGACUCAGACACUCUUGCCUGAACACAACUCUGCCACACAGUCAAUCCCAGCCAUAACCCACGUGGCCCCCGAGACAGACGCAAUCACCUAGACUUUUUUUUUUUUUAAAGAUUUUAUUUAUUUAUUUGACAGAGACAGACAGUCAGCUAGAGAGGGAACACAAGCAGGGGGAGUGGGAGAGGAAGAAGCAGGCUCAUAGCGGAGGAGCCUGAUGUGGGGCUCGAUCCCAGAACGCCGGGAUCACGCCCUGAGCCGAAGGCAGAUGCUUAACCGCUGUGCCACCCAGGCGCCCCAAUCACCUAGACUUUGAAACCUGCGAUAAAGUUACACACACUCUCAGAAAUAACGGACACUAACUGACCUCCAAGAGGCAUCAACACAGCCCAGACCCUUUGCACCCUUCCCUGGCUUUCUUUUUCCCUUUGGAACUUAUCACCGUCCCAUACACCUUAUAUUUCACUUCUGUUUCCUUAGAAUUUCAGCUCCAAGUGGGAAUAGAUAAUCCCUCUGUCCUGAUGACUGCUAAAUCAACAGCACCCAGUUCAAAACCUAAAUGCUUACUGCAACGCCAGGUUCACACAGUCACACACACCUUCCCCUGGGGGCUUUCACAAUUUAUCCCAACAUACCCAGGGGAUCACAUCCAUUUGAUCUGCCCAGAGUGAAGGGUUACGUUCCUCAUACCAAACAGUAUAGGGUUCCGUUGGCCCCCAAAGGAACCUUUGGCUGACCUGUUGGAAAGAGGCGAUCACACGCAGAAGCCUCACUGUGCAGAAAGCCUGCCUGCCCCUACCCUAGUUUGACUCCAUGAUUUGCGGCGGGUGGUGUGUCGUCAGCCUCUGCUACCCAAGAGCCGGCGACCCCCACAGUCAAGAGCAAACAGCCUCUAGGGCCUCGCUGUGCUGUAGGUUUCUGCUGGGAGAGGGCUCCUCACCCCCUGACAUCUGGAGGGGGUGUCCUCCUUCGUUCCUCCGCUUUCCCCCACAUGCCCAGCGGCGAGUGGCUGCCCUUCGCACUCCCGCUCAGCCACAGGGUUCUCUGCCGCGCUCCCCUAGGGUUCGCAUUCCCGCCCUGGUCUCCCAGGGCCGGCUCCCGCCACCGACCCUGCGGCGUCUCCUGCCCGAGGUCGCAGCCCAGCGUACUCACCGCAUCCCGCGGGUGAAAGCCAAGGUCUCUCAAUCUCGGGCAUCCGGUUUCCCGGCUGCAAGCGAAGACUUCUGGGACCCAGGAGCCAACCGCGCUGCAUGUUGGGAACACUCUGGGCAGCGGGAUGAUUGUGUCUGAGGAGGCUCUUACUCUAAACUACGUUUCCCCAGAGGACGCGGGAUCCGCGGUGGCUCGAGGUCAGGGGGUGAAUACGGUGUGCAGCGGGAGGGUUCUGCAGAUUCUACCUGGAGCUGUUGAGUUCGGAUCCGAGGAAGCCCGUGGUGUUGACAGCGCAUGCGCGACGCUGCCCGGCUAGUCCGUGAGAUCAGAGGCGGGAGACCGCGGGGCUGUGGGCGUGAGUGCGUGCGCGUGCGCAUGGCUGUGGCGUGAGUGCGUGCGCGUGCGCAUGGCUGUGGGCGUCGCGUCCUCCUGAGUACGUCGCGCACGUGGUAGGUGUUGAGGCUGUGACCGAUGCGAAGUCGAGGUUGCCUGGCUGGCGGUAGGGUGCUGAGUUCAUCAGGGAGCCGUUGCCCUGGAGAAAGAAUGUGAGUCACCGGGUCGCACUCUUUCCUGCAGACUCUCAUUGCAGCCGUGUGGAGUUUUUGCUGGGGAAUGAAUGCUGGAGCCCCUCCAGUGUAUAUCAGUACAGAAGAUUUGCCUCAGUGCUGUUGACCCCGAGAUGCCAGGUAGUCUGAACUGAGUUGCAGAUGGCUUCAGGACAGGACCGAAUGUGUAUGCCCACCCCCAACCCCCGCCCCGAGGAUCCCCUUGAGAACGCUCCGGAAUUAUUUAAAUCUGAAGCCACAGAAUUCCAGAGUUCUGGUCCCAGGAACAUGGUGUAAACCUAGAGACACAUUGCUGAUUCCUCUCACUUCCCUCAGGUAAUGUGACUGAGGUGUGGACAGGUGUGACCCUGGAGUGUUUUCUAACUUCAGAUGAGUUCCAAGAAAGGCCUGUUGGGUCACAAGUCUCUACGAGGUGGAAAGCACUGCUGUUACUCCCCUAAAAAUCAAGGUGUGUGUGACCUUGAAUUUCUCUUUAGUCCAUAAGAUAUUUUUGUUUCUUUGUUUUCUAAUAAUUUGUUUUAAAAGAGUAAAACUGGCCAUUGUGAGUAUAGUUCUGUGGGUUCUCAUAAAAUGAUACUUGUACUACCACAGUCAAAAUACAGAACACUCCAUUCUCCCAAGAAAACCACCUCUUAGUGCCCAUUUGUAGACACACUUCCCCCCACUCUUAAUCUAGUCUAGUUCCUUAUACCUUUACUUUCAUAAAAACGUAGUCUUUUGAGUACUGUGUUUAUUUUUUAAAAGAUAUUGUUUAUUUAUUUUGAGAAAGAGUG